UCCUUAUUUCUCUCCAUUGCGCAUCGUCAAAAAUCCCCAAUUUCCUUCUCUUCCUCCGAUUCAAAAUCCCUUCGCAAAAUUCCCCCAAAUCCCAAAACACAAUCUUGAUCUUCUGUAAAUCAGAGAAGCCAUGGAUAACAGCAGCAGCAUCAACUCCACCGCAUCUACCACCUCCAACAUUAGCACGGCUUCCCUCGAAAAGAUCGAUCAGGCGGCGAGCUGGGUCAGCACCACCGUAAUCUCCGCCUUCUUCGCCUCCCUCGAGCGUUGCUCCUGCGUUAAUCUUUCUACAUCCGAUGAUGACGACGACAACGAAGAAUCCCACAACCGUCCCCUUGCUCUCUCCGCCGCUCCUCAACCAGACGACAUCGUUUAAGCUUCUCUGACUCCUCCGGUAAUCCUCCCUCGGUUUCGCGUUUUUUUUUGGGUUCUUCUUCUCCUAAAUCGGUGGUGUGGAGCUUGUAGUUUCCUGGUCUAGGAAUAGAUCUGCGAUGUUUGAUGCUCAGAACUUAUUGAUUGUAUAUCCCAGAUUCGAUGUUUGAUUUCACCCAAAUGUGAUUAUACUACGUACAUUUGAACGAAUAUGGUUGUUCUUUGUUCGUGAUUUGUGAUGUUUAUUUAUAUA